UGGCCUCGUCGGCAGCUACGCACGUUUUUGGCAGCGAUCCGUGGUCGCCCUUAGUCCACUCGUCGCGACGAUGGUGUUGAUCGUGUGCCCGACGUCUACGUCGACGUAGCCAGCGCGAGCCGGCGCGCGGCUCCACGAUUCCGCUCGCGCAGUGCUGCCGUGUCGGUCGAUCGAAGCGCACCGCUGAAACCUGGGAACGCCACGCAACUUCCAUUUUACGACUCCACCAUGCAUCUGCCCGGCUGCCACGUCUUCGUCCCGUGCCCACCCUUGACAUCCGUCGAGGUCUGUCGCUGCCACAGGAGACCCGUGCGUCGUCAACCAGCGUGAAGGCUGUCGAGUAGUCUGCACCUGCCUCGGGGAUUCUCGACAGUCCCCGAAUCCUCGCCAGGAUUCGAUUCGAUUCGAUUCGCUCGCAUCCGAUAAGUGACAAAGUGAUCGCUAGAAUCUGUGGCCGUGAUCGAUCGUUAUCGUUAGAGAACGCCGUGGAAGGAACAUAAACACGACGGUGGAGUAGCUCGAUAAGAGCUAGUCGAGUGCCCGAUCUACCCUGGUCUGGUUCUGCUGCAGCUGCGUACACCGAGAACACUCUCUCCGUCGUCGAUAACCGGCCAAUAAACGGCGCGGGAGGAGAAGCAGCGUCGAACGGCGCCGCUUCUGGUCACUCUGUCUCUCCUCCUCUGUCUCUCACGCCUCGUUUGGCUAAGAGUUCAUUGACACCGCAGCGGAGAAGAUCGGCUCGUGAUCACGCUCGCCGCCGAAAAACGUCAGGGAGGAUACAAAUAUAGAAGCGGCGUAGAACUGGAGCGUCACUAGGAGCAAGAUCGAGGAGGAGGUCGGAAGCAUAUACCAAUCCAUCCCAGUUAUUAACACGAAACGGUGAGUCUGGGUACCUGGAUGAGAGAAAUACCCGAGGCUCUCGUGUGUGCCGAUUGAUCUGAACGAGAACUAGUUCCUAUCGCGUGUGUUUCUCGUCGAAGCUCAGUGAUACACGAGAGAUUAAAAGACCCUGGAGUAAUUGACUGCCACGCGAAGCAAUAACCGAUCAGAGGUUCAAACAGAGGACAGUGAAACGAUCGUCUUCCACUCAGACUUAGACGUAUAGAAACGCGAGGAACUCGUACCUCGAGGACAAUCACGAGCAGAGGUUUAGUCAAGGGGAAGCAUAAGGGCGCAGUGAAGUAGCGACGAGGGGGGGUGCGUUCCCUGCAGAGCAGCGGGAGCCAUUCAGGCUGCAGGUUCCUCGUGGUUGGAGCUCUCUUCUGAUGGUACUGAGGGUGACUCAGCACCGGUGGACGAGCGCGAACGAACAGCGCGGUCCCCGUGAACAGGUUCGGCAGAGUCGUCGCCGAGUAACGUCGUCAUGGCUCCACGUGUCCUCGCGCCGACGAUGAUCGCGCUCGCGUUCAUCCUCCACGUCGCCUGCUGGCCGACGAGUGGCCAGGCUGGCCUGGCCAAGUUCUACGACGCCGUACCCGAUCUGCAGGAGAGACGGAUCCCUGUCGACGACUACGCGAUGCACGGACCCAUUGUCGAUGACCACGAGUUCCCCCGAGAUCUCAGGGAGCCCUAUCCCGGCAAAAGCUUCGGACCCAUGGGUCCCAUCGAUGGAUCCCUGCCGGACGACGUGUCCUUUCGAAGCCUGUCAUCCGGUCAAGGCAACGGGGCCAAUUCCAUGGAACACCUGACGUCUCACGCGGUCCAGGAGGCAGAUGCUGCCAAACACUCGAAGCCGGAGUACAAGAUCAUCUCCGUGGAGUUUCACCGCGUCGAGACCCCGUUCGUCAUUGGAAUUUGGAUCUUCUUCGCCAGCAUCGCGAAAAUAGGCUUCCACAUGACGCCAAGGCUCAGCAAGAUCUUUCCAGAGUCCUGUUUACUGAUCGUCGUCGGCGUCGUCGUCGGUGUCUUACUGUUCCAGGCCAGCAGCGUCCACGUGUCACCCCUCACCCCCGACACGUUCUUCCUCUACAUGCUGCCGCCCAUCAUCCUGGACGCCGGCUACUUCAUGCCGAACCGGCUGUUCUUCGACCACCUGGGGACGAUACUCCUGUUCGCCGUCGUCGGGACUAUAUUUAACACCUUGUCGAUAGGAGCUUCGUUAUGGGUGUUGGGUAAGAGUGGACUUUUUGGCUUCGAGACACCACUCCUUCAGAUGUUCCUCUUCUCCGCGUUGAUCAGUGCUGUCGAUCCUGUCGCUGUGCUGGCUGUCUUCGAGGAAAUUCACGUGAACGAGAUCUUGUACAUCGUCGUGUUCGGCGAGAGUCUGUUGAACGACGCUGUCACCGUCGUACUGUACCAUAUGUUCGAGGCGUACAACGAGAUAGGACCUGCGAAUAUACUUUACACGGACCUACUGUCGGGACUGGCUUCGUUCUUCGUGGUCGCGAUCGGUGGCACGAUAAUAGGGGUGAUAUGGGGCUUCGCCACCGGUUUCGUUACGAGGUUCACCCACCAGGUUCGCGUGAUCGAGCCCAUCUUCAUAUUCGUCAUGGCCUACCUGGCUUACCUGAACGCCGAGAUUUUUCACAUGUCCAGCAUACUGGCGAUCACCUUCUGCGGUAUCACGAUGAAGAACUACGUGGAGCCGAACAUCUCGCACAAGUCGCACACCACCAUCAAGUACACCAUGAAGAUGCUGUCCAGCAGCUCGGAGACCAUCAUCUUCAUGUUCCUCGGGGUCGCCACCGUGAACAACCGUCACGACUGGAACACGUGGUUCGUGGUCAUGACCAUAGUCUUCUGCUCGAUCUAUCGGAUCGUAGGCGUAAUCUUCCUGACAGCCGUGGCUAAUCAGUUCCGACUGCACAAGCUGAACAAGGUGGAGAAGUUCGUGAUGUCUUAUGGUGGUUUACGAGGGGCUGUGGCGUUUGCCCUGGUCCUGCUGAUCGACCCGAAACACGUGUCGCUGCAGCCGAUGUUCGUCACCACCACGAUCGCAGUCAUCUACUUCACGGUGUUCAUACAGGGAAUCACGAUCAAGCCUUUGGUAAAGAUCCUGAACGUGAAGCGGGCCGAGAGGAAGAAGCCGACCAUGAACGAAAGGAUCCACGAGCGGAUAAUGGACCACGUGAUGGCUGGGAUCGAGGACAUUUUGGGCAAGCAUGGCAAUUACCACGUUCGGGACAAAUUCAAACGGUUCGAUAAUAAAUUCAUUCGACCGUAUUUGGUGAGGGAUCACUACGGCGCCGAGCCGAAAAUAUUGGAGACCUACUCGAAACUCGCGAUGAAAGAUGCUCUGGAUUACAUUAGGAGAAACGCGUCCACCAUUGGCAAUAUCAGUGGAACUGAAAGCAUGUCCGCGAUAUUCCGCAACUAUAGCAACACGGGACAGUUCAAUGGAAGUCCAAGUUGCAGCCAGCUCGAAGCGGGCUGGAAUAUUGAUCUCCAAGAACUGGGGUACAACCCUUCCAAGAAGGACUUGACGGACGCCAGGAUCCACCACCUAUUGGCCGAGGAACUUUGCAAGCCGUACAAGAGGCAUGGAACGAAACUGUUGCAGCAUCGGAGACUAAGCUACAGCCGUCACGCGGUGAACGAUCGCGACCUCUCGACCCAAGUCAAUUACAAAAUGCACAUGAACAUACGUCGGAUGAUGGGAGAGCACAAGCAUCGUCACAAACGCAGUAAAAAGUUGCUCAAAGACGGUAAGCAGAAUCACGUGAGUUUCCCAGAGUUCCAGCAGAACGGCUCGACGAAGUUGUUCACCCAAGAUUACAUCAAUGGUGUUCUGUACGAGCUGGAGAACGGAGACACCUCAAAGCCCUCGAGCAAGGAUGACUGGGACUCUGCGAUUACCUUCACGGCUCGCACUUCCGACUCGUUGAACGUGAAUGCGGAGAACCACCACGGCGCCACCAGUACUACCUCAAUGGACACCAUAAAUACCGACGAUCCGGACAUGAAAUUGGGACGCGACGAGAGCUACAGGGUAACGACGCCCACGGCCACGGAAACCAUGUUGCCAUGGAAGAGGGAGGACGAUUACGAGUCUGGACACCCGAUUAAACAGAACGAAUUUCCUGCUUGGUGUUCCAACAAAGAGUACCUGGCUUACAGUUCUCCCUCGGCGACGUUCUUAGGUGGAAUCGAGCAGCCAAAGGUCCAGUCAGUAAUUGGUCUGUUCCGUCGCGAAAGCGUGUGCACCCCGGACGGUAUCGAUUGCCAGGAAACUGUGGACGAGCGUGACGAGUACACGUUGACGGGAACUGAACACACGGAGGAUUCGCCCACCAAGUCCUUCAGUGAAUACGAGAAAGGCGACAAAAAGGGACCCGCCAGACGGGUGUCGAUGAUGGAACUAGGAUCCAUGGAGAAGACUCACUCGGACAAGGUGACAGAAGACGGUUCUCAUUCGCUGCCGGAGUGUUGGAAUCCUCAACGUCUUCGCAUGAGCUCGUUCCCUUACUCGGCCCAGGUUCCAAGCCUCUCGACCGCCCUCAUCAACUCUUCCUCGGAAUCGUCGGAGGAGAUAGACGAGGAGGAGGAGAAGGCUUGACCUUUGGGGAUCGUCGAGGAGCAGUCGUCAUCCUACGCAGUCGACGAGCGUCGUCUGCGUCGACCAUGGCGACGGCCACCCCGACGCUCGUUGCUUUCGUCGCUUCUACGACGACCCAGCGCUCCCGUCUGAACAGGGAGAGUCCCGUAUCUCUCUCCCUGCAGGGUGACGCGAGUUGUUUCUCGAGGGUAAAUUCGUUCCCCUGAACGAUCGUCGAUCUCGCCCCGGUGCUCCCUUCGAAGACGGACACUCUAACGAACACUGAGAAGAACGAGCCGCUCAACCACGAGACUCUUCUUCUCUUCCACAGGACCACGAUGACGGAAAGUAAACCUCGUUCUUGAACCACCGAUGCUUUCAUUCGCACGCAGAAACGAGUGCCUCGGGGUUGUUGUAGGUAGCUCCGGUCUCAGAGGAUGAGAAAAGAGGGGGAGAAAAUAUUUUCUCGCUUGAAUUCGAUCCGUGAACACGUUGAUCACAAUCGACUCGUAGAAGCGUGAUUUUGAUAACAACGUAGCCAUUGACAGAGAGAGGUAUCAGUCGAGGUUGCGUUGUCUUUUGAUACUCGGUGAUCGCGUGAUAUCCUUUUUGAAUAUUCGACCAGAAUGAUGACGUGAUAGAGAGAGAGAGAGAGAGAAUAAAAAACAAUGAGAGAGAAUGAGAGUAAGAGCGAACGAGAGAGAAAGAGAGAAAGCUAUUUUUUUAAACCGAUACACCUCGUUUCCUCCGUAGCACGACUGAUGGUGAAAUAUUACCGAUAGACUGGAGGAACAAUUUUUGGUAGUUGAUUUUUCAAAUGCUUCCUGAAGAAACCGCGGUUCGUCCUUAGGGGGUUGGGUGGGGGGUUGGGGGUUGACGUUAUCGAUCGCAGGGUUUGUAGAGGGAGGAGAGAGACGAGCAACGGCUUUUCGUCGAUCUUCGUCGCUGCGUUGCUUUCUGCGUGCUGAGAAAGAUCGAGGACAGGGAGCGCGCGAUAUUUUCUCCUAGACGCCAUAGCGUGUUUUUCCCUUAGCGACGACUCGUUUUACGAUCGCUCAUUAACUUGGUAUCGUGGCCUUAAGAUUCCUAGAAGUAUCCUAGCAGCAACUCUGAACCUUCCGGUAUAUUAUAAAGAGACGAGAGUAAAUGCAAAAGUGGACACGAGGUUGCGGAUAUAGAGGCUAAAGCAGGGGGUGACUUUUAAGAGACACGAGAGAUAUACUCGAGUGAUCCGUGUUUGCAUUUGGCGGCAGGGGAUUGAAGGGGGUCGCGUGCAGACACGGUGAUCCUCGUUCUUUUGUUUGGGUUUCUUCGGUGACACGGCGUGAGAAAUAGUCUUUCGAGGAGAUGAAAAAUAAAUAUAUAUGUAAAUCUGUUCGGUACUCGACGCGCAACGCUGAGAUCAUCGCGCGAUUCGCUUUCAAGUUUAUAGACGCGAGUCUAGAUUUAGACGCGCCACGUGGCGUGGCGUGCAACUACACGUGCGCAAGAUGAAUCGGGGAAGACUAUACCUGUUGCCUUUCGAGGACACUUCAAGUCUUUUGGAGAAGAAAAACAAAAUAGUUCCGUGUUGUUUCUUCUAAGAAUCAUUUCUCGAGGAAUUUUCCUCGUUGCGUUAAACGUAGCAUGUAAUAUGAUUAAUACCGCGUUAAUCGCGAGUUGGCGAAUUCCAAGUUACCGUUGGUUCGGAGAAUAUAAUGCGCUUGUAAAUUAUCGUGUUAAGAAACAUUCCUAACCAAUGUCGAAGUGACACUAUUCGUAUAGCCAACACUCGGGAUUAUCUGUAGUUCGUGUGAGUACUUGACGUCAACCAAUAACAGGGAAGAAUUGUUAAUUAAUUAAAAAUUUUAACUUAGUUCGUA